AUGAGCUUGGGCAUAAACACGGAACCAAAACUGAAGUUCGCUAUAGGUCACUACUCAGAGCUUAGAACUGUGCUGAUUGCUGACUCUAGACUCAGUAUUAGUCGUUUACAAAGCAAUACCGACAACGAACCUCAAGACGUCUUGCACAGCUCACCUGGUUACCCUCCUCUAGCCUCAAGAUUCGACAGUGAAGGCAACGAAAAGGAUAGCGGAACUCCACGGUUGCCAGAUUACUGUGCGCCAGAAAUUUCGACCGAUCGACAUAUUUCAUACACAUCCAAUUCACCUUGCCGGCAGUUCCUCCGUUCCUGCAAGGAAGCUGUAUUAUCUCUGAUACUUCCUCAGCACAAGUCUCCUGCCUCUCCACGGACUCCAGCCACGGAACAAUACCCUUUGGUCACCCCUACCACACCGCACAGGCGUCCAGACAUUAUAAAUCUCAAGAAAAGUUUCCAUCGCCAAUACCCUAAAAUUUCCAAGGAAACCGUAUCAAUGCCUUCAAAUGCUGAAUUGUAUCUGAGGAGAGUUGACGAAUCACGACGGGAACACCAGGUUUAUGAAAUGAGCCUUCACACCAUUGAAGAGCUUGAGAAUAACUACAUCACUCCAGAGCUCGAUACCACUCGCAUCGCUGUAGAGCUCGACGACACUCACAUCACUGCAGAGCUCGAUAGCUCUUUCACUCCAGAGCAUGAAAAUACCGGCCGCUCUCGCCACAUAAUAAACCAAACCCCAAUGGGAGUAGGUGUGGGCCACUCCUACGAUAUGCAGCGGACCUACGGCAUGUAUGAGAUGGAUGAAGGCUCUCAGCUUUGUUCAUACGAAAGGCAGCAACUCAGCCACACGUUUGAGAUGGGCAACAAGGCUACAUACUCACAACACAACGGCAUUCACUUUCCACACACACAAUCAACGCAGAGCCUCCCUCGAAACGGAUUGUCUAAGCCACCGGUACCACAUAUCAACACUGCCAUUCCUUCCCACCAUACCCGGCCACCGCCGUACUCAGGCACGUCCAGCAACUCCAGUUCCACAAGGUGGUACUAUAACAGCGCCUCAUCGACCCUUCCGCCGUAUGGCUCUGAAAGCGCAAACAUCGAUACACCGGCAUCAUCUUUAAACUCAUUCCACAACCACAACCCCCAAAGUGCGAACGGCCACAUCGAUUCGGCCUUGCCAACUCCCAGCGCAUAUUACACAUACACAGGGCUCAGGAGUUCGCACGAUCAGGCGUCCCCAGAGUCUGAACCCUCCCCGGGGUCUCAGAACCAUGCUUACACGUGCCGGUACUGCGGUUACUUAUUCAAGUCCAACGAGCGCGAUUUGAAAGGCAACAGUUGA